GUGACCAAUAGAAAGAGAAGAAGAUCCAAGAAAGCUGAGGGCAGGAAGCAAACACAGUGCUUAGCAGCCAAAGGCUAUUUAAACUGCUAUUUAAAGUGAUUUCAAACAGGCUUCAGAUAGCUCCAGAAGCUUGACUAACAAGGAAAACAAUGACUCUGAAAGUCUAUCCAAAACUUUUACUGUUAUUCUUGUUCAAUUCUGUGUGGACUCGAACUGUGAGGCAAGUUUAUGAUGAUCUGGAUCCAGAGCAUUGGUCUCACUACACUUUUGAGUGUCCAAAGGAGUGCUUUUGUCCUCCUAGUUUCCCAAAUGCCUUAUACUGUGAUAACAAAGGACUUAAAGAAAUACCUGCAAUCCCAGCAAGAAUUUGGUACCUUUAUCUUCAAAACAACUUUAUUGAAACAAUUUCAGAGAAGCCUUUUGUGAAUGCCUCUCAUCUGAGAUGGAUAAAUCUGAACAAGAAUAAGAUCACCAACAAUGGGAUUGAAAGUGGUGUGCUCAGCAAGCUUAAAAGGCUGCUUUACUUAUUCCUCGAAGACAAUGAGCUGGAAGAGGUGCCUGCACCAUUACCAGGGGGCUUGGAACAACUAAGACUGGCUAGAAACAAGAUCUCCAGAAUCCCAGAGGGAGUCUUCAGCAACUUGGAAAACCUUACUAUGCUAGAUCUGCACCACAACAGUUUGUUGGACAGCGCUCUUCAAAGUGACACCUUCCAAGGACUCAACAAUCUUAUGCAACUCAACAUAGCAAAAAAUUCACUCAAAAAAAUGCCUUUAAGMAUUCCAGCUAAUACACUGCAGCUGUUUUUAGACAACAACUCCAUUGAAGUGAUACCAGAGAACUAUUUCAGUACUAUACCCAAAGUGACUUUUCUAAGGCUGAACUACAAUAAAUUAUCUGAUGAUGGUAUUCCUCCAAAUGGCUUUAAUGUUUCAUCUAUUCUAGACCUACAGCUCUCUCACAACCAGCUCACUAAAAUUCCACCUAUUAAUGCUCAUCUUGAGCACCUUCACCUUGACCACAACAGAAUCAAAAGUGUCAAUGGUACUCAGAUAUGCCCUGUCUCAAUUGCCGUAGCAGAAGACUAUGGUUUUUAUGGUAACAUYCCCCGCCUCCGCUAUCUUCGCCUGGAUGGAAAUGAAAUUAAGCCUCCAAUCCCACUGGACAUCAUGAUAUGUUUCCAACUACUUCAAGCGGUUGUCAUAUAA